CGGUUGAUUGAAUCGAUACCAGUGGACUCGUUUAUCGCGAUCGCUUCAAGUUCGUUAAUUAAGAAAAUUUUUUUAAUGCGUGGUUCGAGACUGUUAAUCGGCGAUUAAAGAUGAACGACAAACGAAGAUCGACGCAAGCACCGAUCUACAUAUGCCACGCGACCAUUUGCACGGAGGAGAUCCAGUCGGAACUGUCGAGAUCAUGGUACAGCUGGAUCUUGAACGCGAUGUGUGGCAGGGUUCGGAAAAAAUGGCACGCCAGUAAAAGCAGAAUGUACGUAAACGGUACACCUUCGUCGCUUGUGUUGCCCACACAGAAACGGCCGCAGGAUAUCGACGCUUACCCAUUAACGAACAGUGUACCUAGUCUUAUAAAAAUAUUGUUGGUCUUCCCCAAAGAUGAUCAACAAAUGGACGUGCUUGCAACCACUUCGAGGAGAUUGGGGUGGAGCGUGUCGGUGGCGAAAGACAGGGAGAAAGCGGUGGAGUUUUUCCAGCAUCGGGGCCACGAGCUAAUAAUCAUCGAUCAUCGGGGUCAACGUGCCGCAGAGGCCGAGACAAUUUGUAGGGCGAUUCGGUCUAGUCCCGUUUACCACAAUUCCGUUAUCAUAGCUCUAGUAAAGAAAUCGUAUUUCAUGUACGGCGAAAAAGAUAAAAUCGUGACACUGGACUUGCUGGACACUGGGUUCAACCGAGCAUUGAUGGAGUGCUCCCACGAGGGAAUAUUAAUAAACGAAUUAGUGGGGAUUUACACGAGCGCGUUACUGCCAAGGACUCAACUCGCGGCUGCCAACGCUUUGUAUGUGGCUUUGGACAGGUGCCGUGACAUGGUACACGUGACGAACGAUAAACACAUUGUACAGUUUGUUAAUAAAAUCAGCGAAAAGUUACUAGGUUAUAAGGUGAGCGAAAUGUUGGAGAAGAACAUUGCGGAGUAUGUACACUAUGAGAACUUCGUGGUCCUGGAGCAACAGAUCAGCAAGGGUCGUGAGUUCGAGGGAAAUAUGAAUUGCAGACGGCAAAACAGUCAAAUGAUCACGAUCAAUUGCAGGGUGAUACCUUUCUGCUCCGCGUUGAAGAAACCGACACAUUAUAUAUACAUAUACGACACGACGUAUUUGUCCGAAAAUAUUGAUCCGCUGAGUCCACUUCCUAGUCUCGCGCAAACACCUUUUUCUAAAACGGUCUCGGUCGCGGUCGCGGCCACGUCGCAAAGGAGGGCUUCCGAUGUAAAGUCCAGCAUUACCGAGGGCCGCAGGCGGUCCAGUUUACAGAAGUUGCACGCCUUGCAAUUGGAGGCGCCUAUCACGAAAGUCAUCACCCUUCUCACUAAUGCCAUCACGGAUACUACGAGUCCGGACACAGCAGCACAGAUCGACAAGGCUAUAGAUAUGCUCAAAACCACUGAAUUAUACGUGCCAUACCUCAAAGAGGACAGAAACUACACCGAUCCGGUGGCGACGGACCUCGUUGGAGCCUUACUCGCCUCACCGAGACGACCAUGGGAAUCCAGACGAUCGUCAGCAGAAUCAGCGCGACUGUCCACUCUAAAAGCGGUCACAACUGCUCCGAGCUCUUCGCGUAUGCAGAUCAAGGGAUUUAGAGGUCCUCAAGAGAUCGCGGAAAUACUCGAAAGAUGCUUGGAAUGGAAUUUCGAUAUAUUCAAGCUCGAGGUUCUGACAGAGAGGAGGCCGCUACUCUUCUUAGGGAUGACCAUCAUGAAUCUAUACCGAGUACCAGCGAGAUUAGGCUGCGACGAAAAAAUCGUACAAAACUGGUUGGCCGUGAUCGAGAUGAGUUACAGAGCUCAAAAUAGUUAUCAUAAUUCAACCCAUGCCGCGGAUGUCCUUCAAGCGACCGCUAGGUUCAUGCAGUCCGAGAGGCUCAAACAGAUCCUAGAACCUUUGGACGAGGUCUCGGCUUUAAUCGCGUCUGCUGCUCACGACAUCGAUCAUCCGGGGAGAUCGAGCCAGUUCCUCUGCAACUCUGACAACAAGUUGGCAGUUCUCUACAACGAUAUGUCCGUUCUCGAGUCUCACCAUGCGGCCCUGACGUUUAAAUUAACAUUAUCAGACGACAACGUGAAUAUCUUUAGAAAUUUGGAACGGGACACAUACAAGCACGUUCGUCAGACGGUGGUGGAUAUGAUUCUGGCAACAGAGAUGACGAAACACUUCGAACAUCUAGCCAAGUUCAUGAACGUUUGCAGUAUGAAAGUUGGAGACCCAGGGGAUGGAUACAUAGACUCCAUGGACAUGUCGGUCGUGUUGCAACCCGAGAACGUGGCGUUGGUCAAAAGGAUGAUGAUCAAAUGCGCGGAUGUGUCGAAUCCGACCCGGCCAAUGAAAUGCUGUGUCGAAUGGACCAGACGAAUAGCUGAGGAGUAUUUUAAUCAGACCGACGAAGAGAAAAAAUUGAAACUGCCCGUCCUGAUGCCCAUGUUCGACAGACAAACGUGCUCGAUACCGAAAUCGCAAAUCGGUUUCGUCGAUUUCAUCAUAAACGACAUGAUCGAGGCCUGGGAUGCCUUUAUCGACAUGCCAGAAAUGGUUGGAUACAUGAGACAGAAUUAUGAUAAAUGGAAGGAAUACAACGAAAAAGGCAUAUCGACCCUACAAGAUAUCGAGAAAAUACAACAGAUUCCUGAGUUGCACAUAUACCGAUUCACAUGACCCAUGGAAAACCCUAACCUGUCCCAAAAUCCCUCAACCCCUCCCAUCCGUACUCACGGCCAUCCCUCCUGAUGGUUUUCACGCCGCGAGUUGUGCAACGAUUUGUAAAAUAUUCGUAAUAUUUAAGAAUAGAGUAAUAUGACACGUCGUACGCUAGUAAGUUCUUUUUUUUUUUUUAGAAAAUAUACUGUAAUUCAUUCACGUUCGGCGUUGUUUUACUCCAAACCUCAUUCCCCUAACUCCCACACACACCUGAAGAAUGUUCGAGGAUCUAAUUUUGAACUCGUGACUCGGCGACGCGAGAAUCGCUUCGUCGCAGAAAUACAUUGUUUGGUAGUUUUUUAUAAAUAUGAAGAUAAAUAUAGAGAACUGACUGUUCUUUAUAGACGUAUCAUUUCACUCGGAUGACUGGCUUGUUUUUUAGUAGAGAUUGUGCAUUCGAUGCAUUUACAGCUGACGUAUGAUUUUAUUCGGGUGACAAAGCUUAUUUGUAGAUUGUGGAUUUUAUGCAUUCACUGCUAAUGUAAUAGUGAAACAACGAGAAUGUUUAUGAAACUUAAUGCAGAUUUCAGACUUCUUUUUACUUAGAAAAACCAUUCAUUCCUUCGUGUGAGUUUCUCUGUUUUUACUUUCCUCACCUUAUAUCUUGGUCCGUAACGGUCUAAAUUUGUAUAUCAAACGUCCAGAAUCUUAGA